UUAACUCCAAAUAAGAGGAAACUAAAAACGUCGUUUUGACUGGCUCAGAUGUCAAAGUGUGGAAGCUUGACUGAGAGGGAGGUCGCUGUGCAGAGAUGGCUAUGGUGUGCCUGACGGACUUUGAGGAGUAUGCAAAGGAGCAUCUCUCAAAGGCCACCUGGGAUUAUUAUGCAGCCGGAGCGGACGAAUGCUGCACCAGGGACGACAAUCUACUGGCUUACAAAAGGAUCCGUCUGAGGCCUCGUAUCCUGCGGGACGUGUCGGUGAGCGACACGCGGACCACGGUGCAGGGGACAGAGAUCAGCUUUCCGGUCGGUAUCGCGCCCACGGCCUUUCACUGCCUGGCCUGGCAUGAAGGAGAGAUGGCCACAGCUCGGGCCACAGAGGCGCUCAACACCUGCUACAUCACCAGCACUUACUCCACCUGCUCGGUGGAGGAGAUCGUGGCGGCGGCACCGAGCGGUUACCGCUGGUUCCAGCUCUACGUGUACCGGGACCGGAAGCUGUCCGAGCAGAUUGUGCACCGCGUGGAGGGGCUGGGCUACAAGGCCCUGGUCCUCACCGUCGACGUGCCCUACACCGGGAAGCGCCGCAACGACAUCCGCAACCAGUUCAAGCUGCCGCCACACCUCAAGGUGAAGAACUUUGAUGGAGUGUUCCAGCAGGAGACUGCAGCCCCAGAGGAGUACGGGAUCCCGGCCAACACCUUGGACCCCUCCAUCAGCUGGAAGGACGUGUACUGGCUGCAGUCCAUCACCCGCCUGCCGAUCAUCAUCAAGGGAAUCCUGACCAAGGAGGACGCCGAGCUGGCCGUGGAGCACGGCGUCCAGGGCAUCGUCGUGUCAAACCACGGGGGGAGACAGCUGGACGGAGGCCCGGCUUCGAUCGACGCCCUGACGGAGAUCGUGGACACGGUGCAGGGGAGGAUCGAGAUCUACGUGGACGGAGGCAUCCGAACAGGAAGUGAUGUGCUGAAAGCGCUGGCCUUGGGAGCCAAGUGUGUUUUCAUUGGCCGUCCAGCAGUGUGGGGCCUCGCGUACAAGGGUGAGGAAGGAGUGAGGGAAGUGCUGCAAAUCUUAAAUGACGAGUUUCGUCUGUCCAUGGCUUUAUCAGGCUGCAGGAACGUGGCGGAGAUCAACAGGAACCUCAUUCAGUUCUCUAAACUCUAACAGACCAGCAGAGGGCAGCACUGAGGAGGACAGAAACCAAACAGCAGUUCUGAACAAGAGACUCCAUUGUGACGAAGAAUAGAUUGUUCACUCAUGACUUUAUCAUGUCAGGAAACAUGCGAAACAGCUUCAUGCACGAGUGAGACGGCGUCUCGGGAAAGCUGACGGGAGAUUUAGCAAGUGAAUAAAAAACGUUUUUGUUUUUUUUGCUUUUGGAUUGGAGGGCAUGGAGGCACUUCUCAUGACACCAACACACUUCUUUG